AUGGCGCACAAGCGCUCAACCUCUGAACCCACCUUCAUUCUCUCCCCUCUUUGUUCCACGUACGACAAGUACAACUACAACAAGAUCCAUAAACCAAUGCCUACGCCCAAGGAGCCGAUGUCCACUCCCAAGCCCAACAACAUCUACAGAUUCCACUCCUUCGGACACCCAGGGUGCCCCGCCACCUUCUCAGGAGCCUUCCGAGACAACAUGCGGGAGUUCUUGGCCCAUUGGGCCCAAUCCUUGGCUAAUCAAAUCGAGGGUAAUCCCACUGGGCUAGCACACUUGGCCCUAUCUCAAGAAACCCUAAUCCUUCUCUAUGUCAUCGAGGAGGACGUCCGCGGUUCGCCGUGGCCCCACUGUGACCAUUGUCGUUGUGUAGGUUGGAGCCACCACCUGGUCUCACGGCGUCGCUACCACUUCAUAAUCGUGGCCUCCGACCAAUCCCUCUGCGUGCUACACAGCAGUACCCACCUCCUCCACUGCCUCAUCCACUGCAACGGCUUCGGCCACCUCCUCUCCCUUAAUGGCCGUGAAAACGGUUCCAAACACCUCUUUGGCCACCACUCUAUGGGCCUCUGGGAUCGCAUUUGUUCCAUGCUUUGCACCAGGAAGGUGACAGUUGAAGACACCGCACGAAAGCACUCUAUGGAGCUGCGCCUCCUUCACAGUGCGGCCUAUGCCCAUCCAUGGUUUUCGCAGUGGGGCUACAGCUUCUGCCAUGGAAGCUUCUGCAUAACAGAGCUCCGCUACUCGAUGGCGGUCAAGAUCCUGAACCAACUUCCCCUUGCCAUGCUUGACCCCCAACACCAAGACGCCCACCUCCAUCGCAUCAUUGGAAAAUACAAAACGAUAUGCAACUCGACAAUAUCCACUCUGGGGCAGCUCUUGCGCGCCAUGCUCCUGCUCAACGCCUGCCUCCCUUGGCAAAAGGCAAAUGCGGCACCAACCAUGAAUGGGUCACAACUAGUGACCCCCUCAAAGUGCAUGCUAAAGAAGCUCGACAAUAAUAAAGUGGAGGUACGCGACCGUGCUCGCAAGCAUAUCGGGGAAACAGGCCUCCUCGACUUUGUGCUCAUGUCGCUCAACAAUUGCACGGUCGGCCCUCACCUCAUUCGACGCACCAUCAAUCGCAAAACGAAGGUCUUAGAGUACUCGUUGUCGUUGGUAUCCACCGAGCUCGACUACUGUGAUGGUGAGGCGGCCACAAAAACCAGGAAAAGUAAGUCAGGAGACCACCCCCAAAACCAGAUUCAGGUGGGGAGAAGUGAAGUCAUGAGAGACCUUGAGUACGUGUACAAGAGGGUUUUGGAAGGGGGGUUGGGUGGCGAGGUUGUGGAGGCGGCGAGGCGCGUGGUCCUAGACACGAAGCACCUCACCAAAGAGUGGCCGAUAAGCGACGACGAUGGGAAGCUGAGGUUCAUGGUGAGAAUGGUGGUGGAGGAGGCGGGGAUGUUCUCUCACGCGACUACGCCACCGGAGCUCGUGGUGCUCUCUCUCCACGCUUCAGUGGGCGACCUGCGUGCUGAGGCCGAGCGCACACUCCACGACACCUACUGCGUCAUGGAGGGCUUUCGAGAUGGAGCUGCUAUUCCGCGUCAGUCGGGGAUAGGGAUGGGGGUGUGGGUCAGAGGAAAGGGGGCGGAGAGGGGGGCGGCGAGCCUGAAGUACGAAGGUGGGGCCAAGGAGUGGAGGGUGGAGUGCGAGUGUGGUGCGAGGGACGACGAUGGGGAGAGGAUGGUGGCAUGCGACCUGUGCGAGGUGUGGCAGCACACGCGGUGCCUUUGCAUCCCCGACGCCGAGGAGGUGGCGCACCUCUUUUUCUGCGACAGGCGCGCUGCUCUCUCCUGA